AAAAAAAUAUUGUUGUUGACAAGUUAUUAUUUAUAUUUAUUUUAUAUAACAACUGCGAAAUUAGUGUUGAAGCUUUUUUUUAUUUUUGAAUUUAAACAAAAAAAAAAUGAGCAAAGAACGAGGACUUGUUCGUCAGGUAUUAAAAACAUUUUUUGCCUCAUUGAUGCCUCGUACAGCAAGACGUAAAUUAGUUGGUGAAGAUUAUUAUGGUACAAAAUAUUAUCAAGAUCCAGAAGCAAGUGGUGUACGUGGUAGAUCAUUUGUACCAGUUAAUAAAGAUAAUUUUCAACAAGAAUUACCAGCUGAAUGGGAAGCAUGGUUGAGAUACAGACGUCAACAACCACCAACUGAUGAAGAAUGCAAAGCUAAUUACAAUGCAAUGAUUGAAAAAAAGAAAAAUGCUGCUGAAUUAGAUGCUAAAUAUGCUAUUGAAAAAGGAACAAGUAUUGAAAUGCCCAAAGAAAAGAGAGGCUUUGAAAGUUUUCCAACUUAUGAUGAGUAUAAAAAUCAAGGACGAUGUUGAUGUUGAGGAGGAUGAGGAAGAGGAGGACGAACAAGAUGGUAUAAUAUGACUACGUUCAGCUACCUUAAUAUUACGACCACCAAUCAUAACACC